CCCUUGACCUCUGUGUGACCAGUGCUGAUUGGCCCUGUGCUGAUCACAUGCAUCUUCCCAAGAAAAAAAAAAAAACCUCUCUAGCAAUACACACCAAACUGAGCAUGUGCAAAUUGUCUCCACAUGAUAUGUCUUAUCAGGAGAUAAGUGGGAGACACUGGAAGAAGGGGAGGAUCAGAGAAGUCAGGAUCAAACAGCGUUUUUACACAAUGCAGAGGAUUAACCCCUUAUGUUCCACUCACUUAGUGAGUAUAACAAGCAUGCUUUACUGCAUAUACAGACUGAUUUCACUGUUGUGGGUUUAGUAACACUU